UGAGACUGUUAUGAGACUGUGAUAGAUUAAAUAACAUUAUAGAUACCGCAAGGAAUACCCUGAAAUUAAAUCAAAUGAGCGAUCAAUCAGAAUCAAAACCUACCGCCAAACAGUUGGGAAUCAAGAAGCACUCAUGUGUGAUUCGCUUUUAUUGGCGGCGUCAAAGAAGCCGGUAACUCCCACAUAAGCCAAAUGAUAAGAAAUGCCUAUAAAUGCAGUGUUGCUAAUAGAAGUGAUUCAGUAAUUCGCUGAUACGAGCCCCAACCACUAUUAAUUCGAACAGCAUGUGAUUUUUGCAGUGUGCAAUGUUCAACACACGAUAGUUUCGAUACUAUUACAGAUAGCGUAUGUCAAUGUAUUUUUUCUUAAAGAGAAUUUUGUUCUCUUUACGAUGAUAAAAAAAUAUUUCUUGUAUUUACAACAACAACAAAAAUAUGAGUACUUUAUUCAAAACGUAGACUUAAGAGAUAAGAAAAAAUUGACCACUAUUAAUUCAAAUGCUGCUUAAUAUAACAAAUUAAUAUAAAUUAAAAUUGUGUAACGUCACCUUUGGCCUGUAUUACACAUUUAAUACGUUUUGGCAUUGAUUUCAACAAAUUUUGGCAAUGUUCUCGAGAAAUCGAGUCCCACAUCUCUUGCAAUUUUAUUUUAAGGUCAGAAAUGUUCCUUUGUGGCUCAUUGCGAAGCUUUCUUUUCAUUAGCCACCAAAUAUUUUCAAUGGGGCUUAGAUCAGGACUAUUUGCUGGCCAAUCUAAAACCUCCAUUUGUUUAUAUUGAAGCCAAUUUUUUGUUGUUUUGGCUGUGUGCGAUGAUGCUCCGUCCUGCUGAAAGGGAACUGGCCCGUGACAAAAGGGAACUGGCCAAAAUUGUCAAGUCUGAUCGUCGCCAAUCUUUAAGAAAUUUGGCUUCAGAGUGGUCGCAGAAAAUUGGAAAAACUGUGAAACGAGAAUGGACGCGACAGCAGUUAAAAAAUAUUGGAUAUGGAUUCUAUAAAGUAUGUUUUAUUAUACUUUUUAUAUCAUAACCAAUAACUUAUCUGACUCGUAGGCCAAGGAAAAACCCUUGCUCACGCUUCGUCAAAAAAAAAAGCGUUUGCAAUGGGCUCGUGAAAGGAUGUCUUGGACUCAAAGACAAUGGGACACCAUCAUAUUUAGCGAUGAAGCUAAAUUUGAUGUAAGUGUCGGCGAUACAAGAAAACGAGUAAUCCGUACAAAGGGAGAAGCAUAUCAUAAAGACUGCCUUAAAAGGACAGUAAAGUUUCCUGCAAGCCUUAUGGUAUGGGGAUGUAUGUCUGCCAAAGGGUUAGGAAAACUACAUUUUAUUGAAGGAACGGUUAACGCUGCAAAAUAUAUUAAUAUUUUGGAAGAUAGUUUGCUGCCAUCAAUACCAAAACUGGCAGACUGUGGUGAAUUCACCUUUCAGCAGGACGGAGCAUCAUCGCACACAGCCAAAACAACAAAAAAUUGGCUUCAAUAUAAACAAAUGGAGGUUUUAGAUUGGCCAGCAAAUAGUCCUGAUCUAAGCCCCAUUGAAAAUAUUUGGUGGCUAAUGAAAAGAAAGCUUCGCAAUGAGCCACAAAGGAACAUUUCUGACCUUAAAAUAAAAUUGCAAGAGAUGUGGGACUCGAUUUCUCGAGAACAUUGCCAAAAUUUGUUGAAAUCAAUGCCAAAACGUAUUAAAUGUGUAAUACAGGCCAAAGGUGACGUUACACAAUUUUAAUUUAUAUUAAUUUGUUAUAUUAAGCAGCGUUCGAAUUAAUAGUGGUCAAUUUUUUCUUAUCUCUUAAGUCUACGUUUUGAAUAAAGUACUCAUAUUUUUGUUGUUGUUGUAAAUACAAGAAAUAUUUUUUUAUCAUCGUAAAGAGAACCAAAUUCUCUUUAAGAAAAAAUACAUUGACAUACGCUAUCUGUAAUAGUAUCGAAACUAUCGUGUGUUGAACAUUGCACACUGCAAAAAUCACAUGCUGUUCGAAUUAAUAGUGGUUGGGGCUCGUAUUACGAAAAACAAUAACAUGCAGUCUCUUACAAUUCUAACCCUUUUUGCCAUCGUCCUGGGGGCACAAAAUGCUAGAGCUGGAACCCUCAGCUUUGGAUCCCUGAUGGGGGAUGUGUCCCAAGUGGCCGUUGCUGGGGAGAAGGUCAUCCAUCAUCUGGAAAACGCUGUGGCCAGCUCCCAAUCGGAUUUUGUCCAGCCCAACACCUUGAAUCUCCUAAGCGACAUGGGAAACGCCCUGGGAGAUCUGGCUAACGCCAUUACCAGUUUGAGAGUGGAGAACGAUUAUAUGCAACCCGAGGCCACCAAUCUUUUGGGCGAUGUUUUGGGUGGAGUGGGCACUGGUCUCGGAGAUCUGGCCAAUGCGAUUACCAGUCUUAGUGCUCAGAUGCAGAACGGACCUCAGGCUCGCAGUCUUUCGUCCAAUGGUGCUUCUAUUAUAGCUGAAGGCGGCGCCGUGAGUGCCAAGACUAUAGCCGCUGCUGCCGAUGCUGCUGCCCCCUACAUAAAGCAGCUAAAUGCUGGCCUAGGCGAUCUGGCUAAUGCCCUCACCAGCCUGUGAAGAACAAGAAGAACAAGAAGAACUCGGGAGCAGUUCAAUUAACAAAUAAAUAUUCAAUCGCGCAAAGAGCUUAGUGAGUGCUU